UUCUAUCUGUCAAUCUCAAUAUCACAUCUCCAUGAUUAUAACGAACAUUAAUGACUGAACAGCUUUUUCAUGACUUAAAAGCAACUGGGAAUCACGACACAAAGGAUGCGGCGCUGCUGAAACAAAGGAAAGUGAUUUACGCGCGAUGCCGAGACGCUCCCAGAUUCACGAUAUGAUUCCCAGCAGAUGUUUCGCGCUUAGUUGGCUUUCCUUUAAGUGAUGUGAGCGGGAAGCUGAUGGUGAUGAAGCUGAUGAGAGUGCUAUGGUUGGUUGGGUGAUCUCACAUUGAUGGGCAGUGUAGAGAGAGAGAGUAAGGCGUGCUCGCGCAUCAUCAUUAUCAUCAUCAUCACCACCUAUGCGCGCUCUAGGCAUUGAACCAUUUGCUCAUUCUAAAGAAACAAACACUCACAGAGAAGCAAGAAUGUAAACUAUUGUAGUCUCUGAUUUGUGUGUAUAUAGUUAGGAUAGCUUUAUUUUACACUGAUACGGAAAGCCCUUCUGGGAAGACGUGACCAUCAUGAAAUUCCCGUUAGAGAAUCCAAGGAAACAGGUGAACUGGGAUCCUGAACAAGUGGCUGUUCAGACAAACAUCGUCCCUCCGAAGAAGGUUCAGUCAGGUGCGGUGCAGUCCAGUCUGGUUCAGGCCAGCGUGGCCACCAUGCAGAACCCGAUGGGCUGUGACGUCAAAGCCAACGGCCACUGUCCUCUCCCGCGCCUCUCCAUCUCGUCCCGCUCGGCCAGCGUGGUCACCGGUAUGGACUCUGGAGCGGACGGUUCUGCUCUGCACUCGGUCAUGAAGUGGAAGACAGUCGUGGCCGUGUUUGUGGUGGUGGUGGCGUACCUGGUUUGCGGCGGUCUGGCGUUUCGUGCGCUGGAAGAACCCUUUGAGAGUAACCAGAAGAACACCAUCACACAAGAGAAGGCCCUGUUUCUGCAGAGGAACCCCUGCGUUUCUCCAGCCGAGCUCGAGGCCCUCAUCAAGCAUGCAGUAGACGCGGUCAGCGCUGGAGUAAGUCCCAUUGGAGACACGUCCUAUAACUCGAGCCACUGGGAUCUCGGCAGCGCUUUCUUCUUCGCUGGAACCGUCAUCACCACCAUAGGAUAUGGAAACAUCGCUCCCAGCACCGAAGGCGGAAAGAUUUUCUGCAUCCUUUACGCCAUAUUUGGCAUCCCUCUGUUUGGCUUCCUGUUGGCCGGGAUCGGUGAUCAACUCGGGACCAUGUUUAUAAAGAGCAUCCUGAAGGUGGAAAAAGUUUUCAGGCAAAAGCACAAGCAAAUCAGUCAGACCAAAAUCCGCGUCACCUCCACCAUACUCUUCAUCAUCGCUGGCUGCAUCAUUUUUGUCACCAUCCCAGCGGUGAUUUUCAAACACAUCGAGGGAUGGAGUACUUUAGAAGCCAUUUACUUUGUCGUCAUCACUCUCACGACUGUCGGCAUUGGAGAUUAUGUAGCAGGUGGAGAUCGCAAAAUAGAAUAUAUGAAAUGGUACAAGCCUCUGGUCUGGUUCUGGAUUUUGGUGGGUCUGGCGUAUUUCGCAGCGGUUCUCAGCAUGAUUGGAGACUGGCUCAGGGUUCUGUCCAAGAAAACAAAAGAGGAGGUCGGAGAGUUUAAGGCCCAUGCGGCAGAAUGGAAGGCAAACGUUCGAGCAGAGUUACGCGAGACACGGCGGCGCCUCAGCGGCGAGAUCCACGACAAACUUCAGCGGGCGGCCACCAUCCGCAGCAUGGAGCGCAGACGUCUGGGUCUGGAGCAGCGCGCGCAUUCACUGGACAUGCUGUCGCCUGAAAAACGGGCUGUCUUUGCCAGUCUGGAUGCCAGGCGCUUUAAGACGUCCUCGCAGGAGAGCAUCAACACUAAACUGAACAACCUGCGUCUGAAGGCGGAGUGUGGCGGACAGCAGGCGUCCUCCGAGGAAAACUUCCUCAACCGCUUCGGUUCGCUCACCAAACUGGCCAAACGCAACAGGAGUAAAGAUGUCUGCAGGAACAUCCCAGAGGAUGCAAACAGGGUAGGUGACAGUAACAGCAGCAACGUCACACUGGGAGAGGAAAGAAGAGAGGAUGAGGAGGAGGAGGAGGAGGAGGAGGUGGAGGAAGAGAAAAUGGCGAAGGAGGCGAACACCGGCUUCACGUGUCUGCCUCACUAUGAGGAACCCAAACAGCAGAACGGUUUCGCACCAGCUCAGGUCAAAGAACAAGAGCGAAAUAAAAGACUAGAGCAGAAAGAACAUCAACCGUAGGCAGACAAUGACGACGUGCACGGGAAGGCAAAUGACUGACAUCAGAAAAUGUGCCUUUCUGUUUUGUAAACUGCGGCUCGACACGUUGAACCGCGGUUGAUUUUCACUGUGACAAAUGACAAGUUGCCAAAAAUGUGAAAAGAGCUCAAGGAAUACAGACUGACAUCACCUUAAAGGGACAGUUCACCAAAAAUGUGGAAAUUCUGUCAUUGUUUACUCACCCGCAUGUUGUUCCAAACAUUCAUAACUUUCUUUCUUCCGUGGAGCUCCAAAAAUGGCAAAAACACCAUGAAAGUAAUCUGUAUGACUCAUGUGUCGUAUGCUGCUUUGUACGAGGAACAGACUGAAAUUUCAGUCAAGUUAUUUACUGAAAACCACUUAAAUCUCAUCCGUGCUCAUGUAGGUCAAAUAUGGUCAAUGACGAGACACACCAGAACAUUUCAUUGAUCAUUGAUUUUAAACUUGGUGCCAUAUUUCAUUUGAAUUAGAUUCACAUCUGUGGUGGAGGGGAAGGUUUCAGUGAAUAAUGAUUUUUGUGGAGCUUACAAUUAAUAAUUUUAUAUUAUUAUUAAUAUGAAAAAGAGCUCUCUGGACAUACUGCAAUAUAUUUGCUUUAGUCAGAAAUUAAAAAAUAAAAAAGGUAAUUGCAAGUUUAUAUCUCACAAUGCUGACUUUUUUUCUCAGAAUUGCGAGUUAUAAAGUCAGAAUUGCGAGAAAUAAAAUCACAAUUGUUAGAAAUAAAGUCAGAAUUGCGAGAAAUAAAGUCGGAAUUGCGAGAAAUAAAGUCAGAAUUGCGAAUUAAAGUCAGAAUUGUUAGAAAUAAAGUCAGAAUUGUGAGAAAUAAAGUCAGAAUUGCGGGAUAUAAAGUCAGAAUUGUUAGAAAUAAAGUCAGAAUUGCGGGAUAUAAAGUCAGAAUUGUUAGAAAUAAAGUCAGAAUUGUGAGAUAUAAAGUCGGAAUUGCAAGAAAUAAAGUCAGAAUUGUGAGAAAUAAAGUCAGAAUUGUGGGAUAUAAAGUCAGAAUUGUUAGAAAUAAAGUCAGAAUUGUGAGAUAUAAAGUCGGAAUUGCGAGAAAUAAAGUCAGAAUUGCGAGAAAUAAAGUCAGAAUUGCGGGAUAUAAAGUCAGAAUUGUUAGAAAUAAAGUCAGAAUUGUGAGAUAUAAAGUCAGAAUUGCGAGAAAUAAAGUCAGAAUUGCGGGAUAUAAAGUCAGAAUUGUUAGAAAUAAAGUCAGAAUUGCGGGAUAUAAAGUCAGAAUUGUUAGAGAUAUAAAGUCAGAAUUGCGGGAUAUAAAGUCAGAAUUGCGAGAUAUAAAGUCAGAAUUGCGGGAUAUAAAGUCAGAAUUGUGGGAUAUAAAGUCAGAAUUGCGAGAUAUAAAUGUCAGAAUUGCGAGAUAUAAAGUGAAUUGCGAGAAAUAAAGUCAGAAUUGCGGGAUAUAAAGUCAGAAUU